AUGCUCUCACGUGUUGCUGUGAUGGCACCCCGCACACACAACCGUCGCCGCGUGGCCGGAUCCAGCGGAAGGAGGAGGGAAGGAGGAGAGAGUGAGCCGCAGAGGCCCAACAUGUCCCGGCGUGUGUUUGCUUCCACGGUGCUGCUCCUCCUCUUCGUGUUGUGCUGCGCCACUGGUGGAGGUGCGGUCGCUGGGGGUAAAACAAGGAAUGCCAUUGAUCCGUUCACAGGGACGACGCCGAUAUCAUUUGCUAAUUGGAAGGAGUUUAAGGAGGACGGAAGCAAAAUCACCUCGCUCCGCGUUCCUGGUCUCGUUGAUCUGCAGGGUCAUGUAUUUGCUAUUGCUGAAGCCCGUUGCAAGGAUGAAGACAAGUGCAGCGAAGUCGGCUUUGCUGGGAUUGCGUCAAAGUACCUUGGUUUGAAUGGUGUUGCUGAUCCAACAGAGUUCUCGACGGCAGAUGCAAGUGUCUUUGGCGCAGAUCUUCUAAAGGAAGUGUCUGAGGGCAUCCACACCGCAAACGGCAUAACGCGACCAACGACACUUGUACUUGGGGAAAGCGUUUACGUGCUCCUGGGAAACUACAGCCAUGCAAAACCGCCGGUUGAAGGUACGAAUGAGCCAGCUCUUUUACUCGUGAAGGGAACUUUCACUGAAGAAAAUGGGAAGAAGAAAAUCAGAUGGAAUGAGACCCAUGUGGUGGAGCCUCAAGGCAAAGGAGCAUCUCUUUCCUUGACCGAGUUAAUUGGCGGUGGAGGAUCGGGUGCUGUGAUGCGUGACGGCACGCUUGUGUUUCCCAUGCAGGCCAAAAACGAGGAUGGACAGCGCGUUUUGCUCUCUAUGCGUCUCUCCAAUUCAGGGAACAAAUGGGAGCUCCCAUCCGAGACGCCUGGUAACGGCUGCAGGGAUCCAACCCUGGUGAAGUGGAAAGAAGACGAAUAUGGCGAAGAACUCUUCAUGAUGGCUCAUUGUGCUGGAGGCUACUAUGACGUUUACAAGUCAACUUUGCAUGGAGUCAGUUGGUAUGAUUUGGGUGAGCCAAUUAACCGCGUGUGGGGCAACUCACAUGAUCGAAAGGGGUACGGCGUCCAGAGUGGAUCCACCACAGCAAUCAUUGAGGGAAAGAAGGUGAUGCUCAUCACCGCGCCGGUGUAUGCGAAGGAGGACAAUGGAAAGGGUCGGCUUCACCUUUGGGUGACGGACAAUGCACGUGUGCAUGAUGUUGGGCCGGUAUCCCGUGAAAAUGAUGACGCCGCCGCCAGCUCGCUGUUGAUGAAGGAUAAUAAUAAGGAGUUGAUUUCACUGUACGAGAACAAGAAGAGCGAUGGAUCAUACAAUCUUGUUGCUGUGCGUCUGACCGAGAAACUGGAGCGGAUAAAGAAAGUUGUGAAGACAUGGAAGGAUUUGGACAGCGCCUUGCAAUCCUGCCGUUCCGUUUCCAGCGGCAAUGUUGACGCGCACAAAAAGGGUAUGUGCAAUGGUCCUGUUCCCACUGACGGGCUUGUUGGCUUCUUGUCUGGUAACUCAACUGUGACCGAGUGGCGGGACGAGUACCUCGGCGUGAAUGCAACAGUGAGGAAUGGGAAGAGAAGUGUUUCCAAUGGAAUGACGUUCAAAGGGUCCGGAGCAGGGACGGUGUGGCCUGUUGGCGAAAUGGGGCAGACUGUGCCGUACUACGUUGCUAACAACAAGUUCACUCUUGUGGCGACGGUGUCCAUCCAUGAGGUGCCGCAAAGUGGCAGCAUUCCCUUGAUGGGUGUGAGGAUGAACGAUACAAAAGGCACUGUGCUCUUUGGUCUGUCGUACACCCAUGACAAGGAGUGGUUGGCCAUAACGGAGGAUGCUGUUGACCCGGAGGAUGUUGGUGAUGCGGAAGAUGUUGGUGAUAUUGUUAAAUGGGAGCCAAACAGGACGUAUCAGGUGGCACUGCAAAUGGAUUCUGUUGAGUGGAGUGUCUUUGUGGAAGGAAAGGAAAUUAACUACACUGAAUAUAAUCAACGUCUGUUUGACACGCACAGGAUUUCACACUUCUACAUCGGUGGGGACAGUAAGAACCAAAGUGCAACGGGCGGCCACGUGACGGUGACCAACGUCAUGCUGUACAAUAAGAUUCUAUCCAAUUAUACGCUGCAUAAACUCAAUGCCAGCAAAGUCACUAUUCCAUCACUGGGCGCUGAGAAACAUCCCACAGAACAGGUGACCAACACAGACGCUUUGGUUGCUUCCGAGUCAAAGAAUGAAGAAACCACCGCCGCCAGCCAUGAGAAAUUGACUGGGGAUGAUACUGAAAAACAAGAGGAAGGAAUCGUCCAUAAUCUGGUGCUUGCAGCGUCCUCUUCCACGGUUGACGCGGGAUCAUCUGUUUCUGAACCUGCCACCGCAACGGAGAUCGCAGGGGCUUCUCUUCCAGAGGACAAUGCCCAGCUCUCCGAAGGCAAAACGGCCCAGCAAGACACGCCGAAUGAAGAUUAUAAAUCGAUGCAACGGGGUUCAGAGUUGCAGCCACAAGACCUACAAUCAGAGAAAUUAACGGAGUUUAAUGAUGUUGAAACAUCCCCUGAAAGUAUUGAUACAGAAGAGCCAGAGGAGGAUGGAGGAACGAAUGACAGGAGUGGCGGAUCAACGUCCUCAGUGGGUGCGUCAUUGAGUAUGGCCACUGCCACUGCAUCAGUGUACGGUGAGCACCAAGUACAACAAAGCAUUGAGCUUUCCGCUGAAAACAACGACGUGCGGUCCACUGGAACCGGAACCACCGGCGCGGAGCAAAGCCUCAGCCUCGAGGUGGGGGACAGAAAUUCCGAGAGAACAAUGAACUCAGACAGCACCCUCACUUCUUCAAAGAGUGACGCCGAACCGACAUCCGCGGAGAACACCGACGACGUCUUUCGGACUGAAGGAGCCGAAGUUUCUUCUGAAGACGGCAAGGAGGUGCCACAGACGGUCGACACCGCAUCGGGCAAUACAAGCACAGCGCCUGUGGAAACCAAUAUUCCAUCGGAGCUCAACGCAACAACACCCUCGGACCAUGAUAUUUUGCCUGAGAACGGGCAGCUCGGCGAGUUGGCGGCCAUUUAUCUAAUUGGUGACAGCACCGUGCAUGGGUGUGUGUCUCGGGUGUUGUUGCUGCUGCUUCUGGGGCUGUGGGGCACUGCGGCUCUCUGCUGA